UUCACGCAGAUGUAAGAAUCAAGAAUAAAUAAUUUAACUGGCUCUGAUGAAUUCCAUGAUUUGGGAACCAAUUGUAUAAGACAGACUGAGUCAGCCUUAUGGCUGACAGUAGCCUAUGCACAUUUACAGUCACAGCCUCAUUUGAGUAUCUUAUUGAGUAAUGGGCCUUCCUUGAUUUUUUUCUUGAGAGAUGAGGGUGGCUAUACACAGGCUAGUUUACAUAGACAGUAGCUAGCACUGGGAUGAUUCUGUUCAUGUUGUGACUUUUAGCCUUGUACUACACAUUAUUGUCCUAGCUGAGGAGAAACUCAGCUUUGACAUAAAGGUCUUUUCCAGUAAGUAGCCACUAGGGCUGUUUUUUAAUAUGGUGCCUGAAAAAAGAAAGCUUUUAAUAUUCAGUAUUUAGUAUUCCCAUAACCUUUCUCUUGCACUUGGUGGGUUGUAUUCUAUUUGCUCAGUUCCAUGGCCUGUUCCUAUUGUUGACUAUUAUGUUCCUAUAGGAGAAAGGGUGGCACAGUUGGUUAGUGCAUGGCCUUCAGUGCGUGAGGUCCCGAGUUCAACCCUGGUGAUAUCACUCCUUUGUUUCAACUUCUCUACUGUCAGUGUAGCUUUGACUAGCUUUAUAUACCCUUAAAACAGAGAAUUGAUGGAGAGAGGGGGUAAAAUGAGUGCACCGUUGACCUCAGGUUUACCAGUUAUUAAUGUCAUGAGUUAUUGACGUAAAAUAUGGUUGCUUUACCUUUUACUCAUCUGCCCUGUAAAUUAUGCAUUAAAAGGUAAUGGUGAGGAAAUAAAGACAUAGUAAGCUGGCUGUUCAGUGAACAUGAUUUAUCGAGUGUCAGGUUGCAGAUUAUGAGUCUCGCUGCUUAUGCAAGUGAGACUAAUUAUGUACUUUGUUCAAGCCUAUAAUAAGAGUGUUAAUUUCUUUUUUAGCUAUACAGCAUAAGAACCAGAUCCCAUGCUGCUGAGAUUUUUAAUACCUGUGCGUCACAGAUUUGUGCCAUGGAACGUCAUAAUAUGGUGAGGAUUAAAUAAAUUGAUAUACAUGUAAUAGUUUCUUCUUACUUUUUAAAGGGUUAGAGACUGGUGUGAGUGUUGUGCCAGUUAUUAGUAAACACAGAUGUGUAAAUUGUUGCAGAGUGAACAAGCUAGGAUUAUUCAAAUUCAAAUAUGAGAACUUUCAUGUAUUUGGGCGUCAAAUGCACUGUUCUUCUUGUACAUGUAACAGAGCUUGAUAAUUAGCUCUCAAACAGUGUACACAGCAUAAUUAUUAGAGAUGGAACAGUCAUGCAUGUCUUGACCCUUUAAGCCCCUUAAUAUCUAGACAUACAAAUUCUCUUUACUAAUCUCCAACAUUUUCUAAAGGGCCUAAAGAAAUUAGUGGAGAGAAUUAAAUUCUCUCUUAGAUCUUAAAACAAAUUUUGUGUUGAGAUCUAAGCAUUUUCCCUAACAUGGGUUAUCAUUAAUUUUAUAACUCGUAAUUCUCAUAACCUCCUCUCUUCAUUAUGUACAUGUAUCAAUAUCAAUAUCAAUUGAUGUUAUUGAUCUUGUUCACUCUUGGUACUUCAAGGGUCUUUUACAAAUAAAGAUUCUGAGACCUCUUAUACCCCUUAGUCCUAAAGACUUCAAAACAAAGACCACAAAGUGAAUGUUACAAGUAUGCGACCCUUUGCUUACAAUUAUUAUUUGAUGAAGUUGAGCAAAAUGUCAUGAUUUGUCAGUGGCGAGCAGAACGGCUUUGGCAAAUAAUGGAUGUGUGAGACACUGACAAAUCACAAUAUUUGCGAUAACCGAGUUCUAUAAUUGUUUUAUCAUUCAGUCACCGAGUUUGUUUUGUCUAAUCCACCACGCACACACACUUUGGGAUGUGACAGUCUUUAUUACAACAAAAAACACUUGAAUGCAAGAAAAUACACCCAAGAUAACUGAUUAAAACAAAUACUUAAAACUACAGUCAAAUCAUAUAAAAGAAUACAAACAACAGAAAGACCAGAAGACUGUCCGUGGGAGUGGCGGGAUGGGAAAAUUUGUAUCUGCACUAUGCUUACAAUCUUGCUUCUGAACUCUGCUUGCUUAUGCCAUAAACUGCGUGUAUACCCGAGGAGUUAUGCUAUUAGAACUAAAUUUACAAAACCUAGCUCUAUCUGAUUGGUUGCUUAAAUCUUGUGACUAUCAGUUAUAUUGUAGUAAUUUUACAUCCUCAGUGUAUUUUGCCAAUGGCUAGUUAAAGCUCGUCAGACCCCAUGUUCACUACCUAGGGGGGUGGUCUAGAUUUAUAUUAAAACAAGUAUCAAUAUCCACAAUAAAUAUCUUCGGGAAGCUUCUAUUUUCAUGCAAGAGCGAUUCCAAGAAGAAGAAAAACGUGGUUUCUUUUAUGCAUGAGCAGAAUAUUAUUUGCAGCCAAACACAGUUGGAUGACAUUGCGCAUGAGCAGACCAUUAUUUGUAGGCAGUUAUUUGCUGGUCACGUGGUGGGCUCUUGGCCAAUGAAAAGGAAGAAAAAUUUGCUUCAAAUAAUAAUAAGCAUUAUUGUAUUCUUUUGGGAAGAGGGGUGGGGAGGAACCAUACAGGUACAUGUGGAGUAACCUGUCAAGCAUGAAUGAAAAAUGUCGAUGUGUAUUCUGAUCAGAUUCUUUCCAAGUUUUGUUCUCUCAGACGUAGAGGAACUGAGCUUCAUUUGUAAUUAAUUUAUUCCGAGAUUGCAGCUUUAGUGAUUCUCACCAUGCUCAUCCUUUUCUGUCAAGAUGAGACACUCAUCUCACAAGAAAUGAGAUGGGACAUGUAACUUACUUUUGAGCAGUAUGGCGUUAAUUUUUCAUUUGAUCAACAUUCAUUUCAGGGCAUUGCUGCACGCUUCCCCAUGCUUCCAGAGUUCACAAAAGCAUUUGUUCAGGUGCUGGCCAUACAGGAAGGCAGUGCCACUGUUGAUUGUGGCUUGAAGAUGAAAGUAAUUAAGGUUGAAAAAUUAUUCUUGAAACUUUGACACUAUUGAACGAGAGAGUUUAGCAAAGGUUUAUGAUCCAUCCAGGUCUGCAUCAAUAUUCUUGCAUUAAUAAGUUAUGCUUCAUUUAUUUACAAUAACAAGAUUUUGCAAAACACUCUAACGUAAAAAUGGGUGAUAAAAAAUGGCAUGUUGACAACAGCAUGCUACCAUUAUCAAGUAUUUAUAAUAAUAAUAAUAAUAAUAAUGAUGAUGAUGAUAAAGGGUAAUUUGUAUCAGUUGUCACUGUAAUUGCCUCUUGCUAACAGUUACAGCUGCUGAUAAACUACAGUGUGUAUAUAAAUGACAUACCUUAAAAAGCGGCUUGGGACCAGUUUCUCAUGGAAAUUACCGGGCCUGGAAAGCUUUUUGUUUGCUGUGUUUAUGUCUGACCCAUGAUUGAAGUUUAAAUAGUUUUGAAGGUAAUUACAAAAACUGUUGGUUAAAGUGAUAAAUUAGACUGGUCUGUGAACUAGCACCAGCACAACCAUUUAUUAGGUUUUGAGUUUAAAAUUUGCCCUGGCUCCAGAACUUAUACAGACUUUCGUGAAAUGACAUUGGCACAAACCACAUUGAAAAUCUGUGGACACCUGUAGCAAGAAGUUCAUUUUCUUACAUUAUUGUUCUGGUUGUUGUUGUUUUUUUCUUAUCUAUUUUUGGUUAAUUUAAAAAACCCUUACCAUUGAAACCUGGAUUAAAACCUUUCAGGCCCUCACUACUCUGGUAAAAGAGUUUCCCGAGCAAAUGGCUCCACAUCUGAUGGAUAUUUUGUCACACAUGUGGAACACAUUAACACAGAAUGCAGAUCAUUAUGUUCGCACAGUUGUAAAUUACACUGAUGAUGCUGAUGAUCUAGUAGAUUCUGAUGGUAAGAAGCAUAAUUAUUUCAAAUUAAGCGGCAUCUGGCAUUGUAUGGUGAAAUUAUGGAUGGCAAUUUAUUCUUUCUCUCUACUCUGUGUAUUUACCAGAACUAAAGUCGGUCCUGGAGUAGGGUGUCAGAUGCUCGUAAAAUUGUUAUUAAGCCUUUUGGUGUUGCCCAUGAAGCAAAGGUAUUACACUCAAAAGAAUAGCCAGCUGAAAGUAUUAUGGACUCAGUUGUGCACGGCUUAAGUGACACUAUUAUCUCCAGUUAGAGAAUGAACUGCUGUGAAGCCUUGCAAAUGGGGAAGCUAGGCUUUCAACCUUGAGAAAAUAUUCUGGGCACAAGUGACACUAGUCUCUGACGGUCUGAUGUAUUCGCCAUUCACCCAUCUCUGAUAAUACCAAAAAGUAAUACCCAAAUUUUGCAUAUCCUUGGGUUUUUAUUAAUUUUCUCCUCAGUAUUUCAGCAGACCCAAGAGAAACUGAACACAAUGCUUAUGCAGUUUUUUCGUGUGUGUGGUGGUGGGGGAGGGGGAAGCAAACAAGAUGGGAGAUGUGCAAAUGGAGAAUUUGCUGCACUUUUAUCAACUUUGUACAAAGCAGGGGUUGGGUAGAAAUAUUGGCAUUCAAUUUUUCAGAUGAAUGCAAUAGAACUUCUGACUCUUUCAAAAAAUAUGAGUAUUAGGCUAAAAAAUAAUUCAAGUAUUAUUCCGGCAUUGGGCCUGAUGUGUCAGAUAUAUAGUAUUUUGUACUAAAGAAUAUGCUGGCAUAAACGGUCACAGUUGUCCCUAAGUGAGUGCGCCCAUUCAAUUCAAGAUUGGCUUAUUCUGUGAAGGUUUGUCAACCGUUACUCCAUUUGAGAAAAGGAAAACUGGCCUCCUAAAACCCAAGGGAUUUAAUCCAUGCCCGGCACGUACCUAUAUAGGUACUUAUGAAAAUUUUCAUUUUUUUUUUUAAUUUUUAGGAGAAGCGCUUGGAUUUGAGAACCUUGUGAUCAGUAUUUUCGAGUUCUUUCAUGGACUUAUAGAAACCCCCGAAUUUAAGGAGACUGUCAAGUCGUUUUUAGAUGAACUUAUAUACUUUCUGGUGCUGUACAUGCAGAUAACGGAGCAUCAGGUCAGAAUAAUUUUACUGAAGUAUUGUAUGACCCUAUCCCCUGUAAGUCAAGAGUAUGCAGGGGUUGGGUUGAAAAGGGAGGGGAGAGGAGGGUUCAAAGCGACAGAAAAUGCAAAUAGGAAUGUAAGCGCCUUUAAGCGCCUUUCACACAAUUGCGAAUCAAAAGGAAUUGUUGGUGAUUGCUGUGCUUUAAACUUCUACGCUUUGUGAUUGGUUGAAAAAUCUCUCGCUAAUUUCCUAACCAAUCAGAAGAAACGAAAAUCUAUCGCGACUUGCUCGCACUUCUUCCCGUGCUUGGCGGUGGCUGCAUGUAUUUGUUUCGAGAUCAGAUUGGCUCAUUUGAAUUUCCUCGCAUAUUAAUUGUAAUUGGCCAGUCUUAUUUGGUUUUGUAUUUCAAUGCUUUGCGAUUGGAUGGAAAUCUUGCCCCACAAAAGCAGUCGUGAUUUGCUGUUAGUGAACUUACGCAGGACGGUAGAGGAAAGAAGGCGGCAAACCUUGUGUGACAAGCGUGACAAUAACUUUGUUUGAGAAAAAUUUGACACAAUAAACGUCAACUUCCUUUAAACAGAUCUUUUUGUAAAAGACUAAAAAACAUUGAUAUUUAGUGAAGAUCACAACAGAACAUGCAAGUAAUAGCCCUGUCACGUUUGUCACACACAACCGUUUUGCCGUCCUCCUCUUUCUGCUGUCCUGAUCCGUAAACUCACCAUUGUGAAGACUUGCUCGCACGGGCCGGUUUUUCGCACUAGGCAUCAAGUGCUCUUAGGACAUGUAAUUACCGGCUUCGAGACCUCAUUGGUUUACAUGUAUUUUAAUUUCUGUGAGGCUGUGAUAGGCAGAGUUGAAAGAAGAGCCCGCCUAGAAUAUAACUUUACCCAGCCUUGUUUAAAGAUACAGUAAAAUGGCCAACAAAAACGUGCAACUUGUUUUGCAACAUUGCUGCUAUACGAGACGAAAAGCUGUGUUGCACUUCUUACCACCCAUAAAUCAAACCUGUUUUGCAGCAAAACAGGUUGUUGUAGGCUGCGAAAAGUUGUUGCUGAAAACAGAGAGUAGUUCUACUUUUUGCAUCAAAAUCUGUACAUCUGUGAAAGGUUUGAACCCAGGAGGUCAUUUCAUAAGUUGGUUGAGUAUGAUCGUCCGGGUGAACGUAGUCCUGAAUAGGACUGUUGUUGUUGACAGUGUCGAAGAUGUAAAUCUGUACAUGUUGCGCGGUUUGCAGGUGGUGUGCGCACUACGAUUGCGAUGCAUUGUGGAUUCAAAAUUUUCAAGAUGGUGGCGAAGGUCGAGAAAUUUCGCAGGUUAUAUGCUUUGUUUUUCAAUAGAUACAGUUCUUUCCUUAGAUUGUUUUUCUCGAUUUCAUAAGCUAAUAUUUGUUUAGAUUUUUUCUGUGAAGAAAAACAAAUCAAUAUUCUUCAUUUCAAUCUAAAACGUGGGGCCCGAAGAUUCCUCCUGUAAGAGCAUGAAAUUUGAACCCAGUUUUUAAGAAGCUAUAAUUUCCAUUAUAUUGCCCGUCAAAAGUAGAAGAUAGUUGUAAGUGUUUCUACAAACCUUGUUCUACACUUAUUUUUGGCGCUCCCCAGCGCGCCCCACGUUUUGUGAUACUUUUUCCGAAUUGAAACCGGCAUGUUUUCCUGGGAAGAUGUAGCCUCGCGAAGACCAAUGUGACAUGUUACUGGAAGUGUUACUGUUGUAAUCAUAACUAUAACAAAAUUCUCAAAUCUGAUUGGCUAUCAACUGCCCUGGUUUCAGCUUUAAUUGGACAGUUUGAUAGGAAGGUACGCGUCCUGCCUAAGUAAUUGGACAGUACGCGCCAUCACACACGUGCUUAAAUGGCUUUUUGUUUUUCACUGCUAGCAAAACAAAAUUUCGAAUUUCUUGUGUUUUGAUUUAAAAAAUAGCCUAUUAUAUCACAAAUUUUGUUAAAGUUAUGAUUAAUAAGGUAACAGAACUUGUUCUCGUCCAAUUCGGUCUGUAAUCAUACUUGUGAUUAAACAAAUCGGACUCCCAGAGUACGCGGUCGUCCGAUUUUGUUAAUCACUCGUAUGAUUACAGACCGAAUUGGACUCCACUCAGUCCUGUUACCAUUACUUAAAUCACAAGCUGAUCACAAAAUAGCAGGGCAGCAGCGACUGGUUCCUCCAAACAAUAGCAUUAGGUGAGCAUAAAAUGUUCGAAGUUGGUAUAUAAAUAGGCUGAUGAGUACUCUGAUGUAGGAAUGUCUGUUUUUGUAAUAGGACUAAAAAGAGCAUAAUAAAAUUGCAGUCAUACAUAUGAUUCCCUUUAUGCAGGUAUAAAAUCAGUAGGAUAAGAAUUACAGGUAUUGAAUUAAAUGAUAAGUUUGAUUACACAGUUAAGCCCUGUGCAUUUUGAAACCAGCCAUCCUUUAUGAAAAAAGGUUUUUGGGAGAAUUGCAAGAAUAGUGCAAUGUAGAAGAAGAGUUUCAUAACAUCCACGAAGCUUGCACUUUACUUUUAUUCAGAGAAAUAUGCACAUCACUCUUGAGAAAAGAAAAUCAUUAUCUACUUCCAGUCUACUUCCAAGAUUGGUGUGUGUUGUUGUGUGGAUGUUAUGACUUUGUCAGUUUCUUGCCUUGUCCCUGUUUUAUUCAGUGGUGAUUAGCCUCUGUAGCAGGCAUUUAAAAGGAAAGGGAGAGGGGUUUUAGGCACAAGAGAAAUGCGAAGAGUGCACGAGGAAGGAGAGAGUGAUUUCAACAUUCCCCUGGUUGAUGUUUAUAACGCAAAAAACAAUUAGUCUUCUGUAUGGCAGGCAUUUCCCUCCCUCCUUCCCUCACAUUUCUCUUGCACCAAGACCCACUUUCCCUUUUCUUUGAAAUGCCUGGCACACAGGCUAAGUGAUGUCAUUCAAUCUGUUUACCCGUUUACACUGUUUAAUAUAUAUCAAGCAAAUUAUUUGCAUAUUUUGGUGGCUUCAAGUUAAAAUAUAAAUUGCUUGAUCAUUGAAUGUACUUUUGAUGUUGGAAAACCUGACGGCUGAAAAAAUGGUGACAGGGAAAGGAAAUAGAAAAAGUGGAACAAUGGGGCAGUAAAAUCAUGAGACUAAGAACCUGAAUUAACUAAGUAAGCUUAAACAGAUUCUUAUAUAAAUAGUAGUUAGCACACGUUUAGGCUAUUUAGGUUUUUAAAUGGGUUCAUAUUUUCUGAAGAAAAAAUGUAGCUAAGAGUAUUUGUGUUUCACCUUAUUCUUCAUAUAAAGUCUGCAUACCAAAUGCUAUGUGAGAAUGGACAUAAAAGGAGUGUAUUUAAAUGUAAACAUUGGCAUUUACAUUGCAGUUGGCAUGAUAAGACAGCUUUGUCUCCAAAGAAGAUUCUAAAUAUUGAUUUAUCUCUGCUCAAGUGUACAGAAUUUUUUUCAUAGAUUUCAAAAAUAAGAACGUGUUUCAAAUUUUAGGCUAAACUGAUUUUUAUAUAGAGGGGGCUCAUCUGGCAUAUUUUAGCCUAACAGGUUCUUAAAAUUCAGGUUUUUAGUCAGGGGGUUUUACUGUACUACUAGGAUCCACCUCUGCAAUAACUGGUAACCCAAAAGCCCUCUUUACAGACAACCGCUUCAUACAGACACCUGAUCAAGGUUGUGCUCUAGCAGAGCCCUGUGCCCCCUGGCACCUAACUUUUGCUUUUGGGUGACUAGAAAAUCUCAGACUUUUCAUACAAAUCAUAUGCUGGGCAGCCUAGAUUUUACAGGUUCAGAGAACUGGGCUCAUUUCAAUGUUCCUUCGAGCACAACCUUGCUCAUCAUGACAGACAGCUUGCUUUGUUCCCUAGAAAAAAGCCCUUAAAUUUUCUCUAAAUUAAGAUGGACAAUUUCUAUGGUCCCAUCAGUGUCUGUAUAAUAGAGUGGACUGUGAGUAUGAUGAGACCUAUGACACCAUAUUUAAAUUAUUAAUUGGGGUGAGGAGAAAGGAAAGGCAUCUCAAUCUAUGUCGCCCCAGCCCUGAUUACAGGAGAUUUGUAAACAUGCAUGAAUUUCACAUUUUGAAGAGUUUUUAUAAUCCAAAAAAAUAUGUGAUAACAUGUGAUUGUACAUACUGACACAAUCAUUAAACAAAUAGUGGCAGAAGCUUUUAAAAUCUAUUGACUGCAUCAGGCUUUGUUAUCACAAAUAUGCCAUUUUCAGUUUCAGUCCAGUUAUAAGACAUUCUAUGACUCAUACCAAUAGAAAAUAUAUGGGCAAAUAAAGAUGCUCAAUAUUAUAUUAUCUAUAAAGAGGACACAAGUUCAUUGUACACAAAUACUCUCUACUUUAUUUACUUGUCUUCAUGUGAUGAUAAAUACAGAUGUUAAGCAAAACGAAAUGCAGACUUGGUGCCAACAGAGAAACGAGACAAGAAAGUCCUUGAAAAGAUGACCCCCUCAACUUCGAUUCUCUUAUUACAGCUAGCAAGUGAACAUCUUGAGUGCUGAAUGACAAAACAAAAUAAGGGAGCAUUCAUUAAUUUAUCUAGAGGGUGGGCUAUGAUGAUUUCCUUAUUUUUUCCUUUAAUUUUUUUGAACCCAAAUUUUAAAAUUUUUCAAUCAAAUUCCCCAGGGUGGGAAACGAAAGGUCAAUCAAAAGUGUCAAAAAAGCCCCCUCCCCAGGGGAAAAAAUCUAAACAAACAAUGCUAUAAUACUAUAUAAAACGAAUAAAAGAACAUUUCAAACACGUUGUUACUACUUUUAUUUACGGUUAACGGAAGCUCCAUUAAAUUACUCGCUGUAAUUAAGUAUUUUCUCUCUCCACUAGCAUCUCUUAUCUUGAACAACAAAAUCACUCCAGGAAGAUUGACCGUGCUAUAAUAUUAAUAAAACGUAAAAUUCUCUAUAACAUCACAGGUAACCCAUGCUAUCAUUCAACACAACUUUUUCCACGAAAUUCGAACUCCAACGGAAAAUAAACAUGCCAGGAUCGUAGAAAUAGGAUAGCAGCAGAUAUAGAAACCAAUGAAGCUUUCCCAGAUAGAGAAACGAAUCCCACAGACUUUGACAAACUCGAAGAAUAUAAUCCAAACACACCGAGAAUACGCUCGCCGAAGCAGCCGGGCCAGAUCAACGCGCGGCCAAGAAAAUGAAGCCUGGGCACUGUACAAAAAAAUUCCAUCCCGGGGGUCCUGGAGUGACCUUCCUAGGGACCGAUACAUCAUUUGCCCAAAGCCACCCUCCCCUGCUGGAAAAAUACUUGAUAGAAGGCAAUUGUUCUUCCUAGCCAAUCACCAUUUGCCAGAGCAAACCCCGCACACGCGCCUGAAUUUAAAUGGUAAAAAAAGUAAUAUAAUCAGGAGAGUCUGCGGAGUUACAAGGCGUCCCAUUUCUUUUACUAAGGAAUGCAAAUAACAGUAAUGAAACUAAUGAAAUAACAACGCGAAAUGCUUACAAGGUGGGCUAAAAACAAGGUUGAACAAAAGGUAGAUGAUGACUGAGAUACUGUUGCUUUGAACUCUCGAGCGAAACUAUCGUAAAUAAACGGUGAAGCUUACAAACUAAUGUCAAAAAUUAUACAGAAAAUUGCGACAGAAUAUGAAUUGCGAUAACUGAGACGAAUGUGAAAGGCACGUGCACUAGUAAACAAAGAACUAGCGCGAUUAACAUAUUUAGCGAUUAAUGCGGCAGUAACGCGCCGACUUCUUGUCAAUACAAGUGAACGCUCUAUCGGUUAAAUAUGUGAAUCAUCGUGAUACACCUCUCUUUGAAUUUGGUCCUAUUGUACAAAUGCCUCGGUAAGAGCCAAAAUUCACUUAUAUCUUUUGCUCGUUUUAAGUUUUGUAAAUCGUCCUUCGUUGUUCUUUCCUUUGCCCUUAUAACCUUGCCCUAUUGAUGUUUGAUAAACUUUCUGAGGACCAGCGCCAGGAGCUGAAUAUAGUUCGAGAGGAAAAUAAUCUCUUUAUAACAGGCCAUAGUGAUUGGCUAGGAAGAACAAUUGCCUUCUAUCAAGUAUUUUUCCAGCAGGGGAGGGCGGCCUUGGGCAAAUUAUGUAUCGGUCCCUAGAAAGAUCACCCCAGGACCACCGGGAUGGAAUUUUUUUGUACAGUGCCCAGGCUUCAUUUUCUUGGCCGCGCGUUGAUCUGGCCCGGCUGCUUCGGCGAGCGUAUUCUCGGUGUGUUUGGAUUAUAUUCUUCGAGUUUGUCAAAGUCUGUGGGAUUCGUUUCUCUAUCUGGGAAAGCUCCAUUGGUUUCUAUAUCUGCUGCUAUCCUAUUUCUACGAUCCUGGCAUGUUUAUUUUCCGUUGGAGUUCGAAUUUCGUGGAAAAAGUUGUGUUGAAUGAUAGCAUGUCGGCGAAAAUGGCACCUCGUGUUUCCUACCUUGUAUAUUAUUAUUGUAGAUAGAGUGAAUUUCAUUGAGUAAGUAAGCAGAGUAAGUUUCAUUGAUCUUUAUUUAGUAUUUCCUAGAAAUUUUAGGAUGAUAUUUUUACCCCAUACGAACACUGUAAUUUUACUGGAACCAUACUGUGGUACUAUCACAGAGCCUGGGUUACCUGUGGUCGGAGCAGGUCGGAUCAGUGACUCAUAAAAAAUCCUCUGACUUUCAUGGUGGAAUUCGAUUUCAAUCGAGUUUUACAAUCAGAUGGGAACUUGAAGAUAAAAACUUUCUCAAAAUAGACAUUAUCUGUUUAGAUGACAGUUUAAAGUAUCGGAUUAUGGCGAUUAAAACAAAUGAAAACUUCAUACUUUCCAACAGCGUGACUUUCAGGAAGCCUCGAGGGACGGACUUGGUAACUGCUUCUGAAUUGAUAAAAGGCUUCUGUCGGUCAAAGUCAAAUGUCCCGACCCCGGGGUCGCUUUGCACGAUCAAAAGCCCGACAGCAGGGAUAGUCCCAGGCAUCAAAUCCCCUCCCCUUGCCCGCACUCCCCCCCCCCCACGGGAUUUACAUUGAUAUGUGCAUAAUUACGAACAAAAUGCACCAGAAUACACUUAUCAACGGAAUGAGACUGUUUUUUCCCUGAGAAUUGGACAGAAUUUCUUUUUCAAGAGCUUCCGGAAGAGAUUCAAAGCAAAAUCAUACAUAUCUACAGCGUAAUUAACGAAUAUUCACUCCGCAGUCGAGAUGUUCACUCCACGCCAUCUUGACACAAAUGAUCAGAUUUUGAAUACCGCCCAUGAUGCUUAGCGAUCGUAGUGCGCAUACCACCUGGGCCCGAGGCAAACUUGUUUUGCAGCAAGUGACGUAACUGUCUCCAGGGUAAUUGUAUCCAAUCAGAAGUCACUAUUCACGCAACUCGCAAAAGACUGAUUUGUUGCAAGAGGGUUUGGACGUUGGUGGAAAAAUGCGCAACAUCACCUUCCAACCUUUUUUUUUUGCAAUUUUGCUACACAAGUUGCGCGUUUUUGCUGCCUCCCUUACCGUAGCUUAAGGUUAAGACCCAUCUAACAACUAGUCAGCAUUGACACUUGGAUUCGAUGUGUAUCAAGUGAGACCGCAUCUCAAUUUUUUUUAUUAUAAUUUUAAUCCAGGUUCAAGUGUGGACAUCGAACCCAAAUCAAUUUGUUGAAGAUGAAGAUGACGACACAUUUUCCUUCUCAGUUCGUAUCGCUGCUCAAGAAGUCCUCAUGGUAUGUGACAUUUUGUCCUUUUAACUUGUUUUAAAAACCUUUUGGUUAAUGGUUUUUCUUUGUAGAAGCCUCAUGUUAAAAAGAAGAAGGGGUCCCUGUUCUCCUGUCUCGCGUGGAACGCGAGUAUGAAGUAAAAGGGGUCGAGACUGCGUUAGAAAAGUAAGGGUAACACUUACAAUAAUAAAAAGAAAAAAAGGCGAGUAAGAACCUGCAUUUUCCAAAGUUAAAGGCUGUUUAGGUUCUUAAAAUUAAUAGGUUUUCAUUAACUGAACAGAAAAUACACUGUAGCUUAGAGUAUUUAGUGGUUUCAGUUGAUUCCCUAUACAAAGUCUGCAUACAAAUACAUUGCAGUUAGAGUGAUUAAGGCACCCAUGUCUUCAAAGAGGAUCCUGAACGUUGACUUAUCUUAUUUGCCAAAGUGUACAAUUUUUUCAUAUUAUAUAGAUUUUAGACAAUAAGAACCUGUUUCAAAUUUUAGGCUAAACAGGUUCUUGUAUAGAGGGACCUAAACUGCAAAUUUUAGCCUAGCAGACUCUUAAGAACCAGGUUCUUACCCGCGGUUUUUAUUGUAUUGAUCCUGUCUAAUUUUCAGGCAGUUGCUGCUGAUUUUAAGAUUGAGGGUGCAGUUUCUUUAGAAAAAGCAGUUAAGAAGCACCUACGGGAGGCAAAUGAAAGAAAGAGCAAAGGAGAUGUUAAUUGGUGAGAAUAUGAAACUGAUUGUGAUAAAGCUACAGUAAUUAUUUGAUCCUCAAAGUUGAUGAUGGGUGCAAAGGGUAAACAUAACGCCGUUGGUAACCCUGUGACAGAGUAGCGGUCCAGGGUUAAGGGCAAGCUGCGUGGUAUUCCUGUGAUUUGCUGGGGCCCUUUAUUCCAUCUCUAUACCUGUUUACACAACAGAAUUCCUGUCCCUUUUCAGGUGGAAGAUACGCGAGGCCUGUAUGCUCGCUAUGGGAUGUAUUAAAUCCAUUAUCAUUGACAAAGUCUCCAAUGGCAAAGUGCCCAUAGACAUGACGUCAUUCCUUACUCAGGUUGUGUCAGUGGAUCUGCAGCCAGAAUCAGGUGAGCCAGUGAGCAGUCAGUACAGCGGUGUACAACUGAGUUCGUUUUAGCUAUAAACUUCUAAUAUCAUCUGACCGUCUUCAAGAUCUGGCCUUGGUCUGCAGACGUGUAAUUUCCCUACACCUGCUAGAACGUUCUCUCUUUCUUAAAUUAAUAGCUAGGAAGUCGUGUCUUAAAUACUGUAAUAAUUGAGCGACAUUAGAGACGCAUGCUGCGGACCAGUAAGAAUUACAGACUCGCCCCUUGUAGAGUAAUCCAAGACAGUCUUGGAUUCUGGAUUCAAAUCAGUUCCAUUCACCGGAAAACGGCCGCGAAAUCCUGAAACUAGUAUUAAAGAUGAGGUUGGAGGAAUGGAACACGAAUUUUCGGUUGGAACAUUUUGUAAAUAGUAAACAACCUUCAAUACAAGUGAAACAACUUCCAAAUGCAAAACAUUUGGCUCUUUUGUGCUAUACUUUAAUAAUAAUGGCGACCUUUUUUAACGUUACAUCGCCCCUAAUGAAAUGAAUGGGCGUUCUUUCGAACAUCGUUCCGGUAAAUCCAACUCCCUCAAUACGCCAGAUGUAAGUGGAUUCUCGUGGAGCUGAAUUCUUUGGGACCGCAUCCAAGUGAAGAUAGACAAAGAAAAAUUUUCGUCGUCGUGUGGUUAGUCCUCCACAAAACUAUGCAUUACUGAAUAGGGAGCUUUCGCAACGACGACGGCGACGUUUGCGAAAACGUCACCAUUAAAAAGACUUUGCUUUUUUCAAACUUUGUCCCGACUAUUACGACUCGCUUUACAUACCAAAUGUAGGUAAAUGUUACUGGAACUGAAUUCUUGGGGAACGAACCCAAGUUUAAGACGAAAAAGAAAACUUGGUUGUCUUGUGUUUACGUCCUCUAUAAAUCGUCGCUCGUGGGAAUUUCACGUCGUAGUCGUGCAGUGCAGUGCAGUGAUGGCAAAGAAAUGUACAGAAAAGUGUGCUGCACGUGCAGAGUUGUUGUUUUGCUAAUCUAAGCGUAUCGCUUUUUUGACGUUGUCGUUGUCGUCGCCGUCGUCAAACUCAACACGUGCAGAGUUGUUGUUGUUCCUGAAUGAAACCUAUUGCUUUUUUUGACGUUCUCGUUGCCAUGGCCGUGGCCGUGGUCGUGUUUAAACACCCUAUAAAAGCGUGAACGUCCCACCUUACUAAAUAUCCCUGGAUCCCCUUUUGACUACCGAACUUUCUUACUUGCUAUCAUUUGGAACCAGGAGUAAAGUUCUUAUACAGAUUUGUUCUCAUCCUUUCAGUGUCGCCAUUUCUAGUUGGCAAAGCAUUGUGGGUAGCAAGUCGUUUCACUCCUCUCAUGACUCGGCAACUUCUAGCAAGGUGAGUGGAGUGCUUCGAGUUCCCCCCGGGGGGUACUGGGGCCCGUUUCUUGAUAGUCCCGGUAACUUUUCGGGCCCGAAAUCAAAUAUUCAAAUCGAAAUACAAAUAAUAAGAGCGCGAGGCCUGGCUAGCAAACUACUCCAUUUUUGUUUCACUAACUGAUAUUUUUAUCAUGUUAGAUGCAAAACUAUUGAACCUCGAUCUUUAAUGUAAACGGAGACAGCUUACCGGGCCCGUUAAUUUUCGGGACUUUCGAGAAACGGGCCCCUGGACCGAAUUUAUGAGGGGGUCUCCGCCCCGAGUUACAACCCCUUAUAUUACCCUUUUAUAUACCAUUUGUGACAGAAAAGGUUACCUUUUGAUUGCCUUUUGUUGACAAAUGGUACCCCUUUUACAUACUUGUUUACUUGAGGCGAUGUUACACCAGACGAUUUUAGCUCAAUGCAGCGUGGCAACAUUGCUGCGACAUUGUUAUUUGGGCGUGGCCCAAAUAGAGUAGUGGAAACGGCUUGUUUUGACGCAAAUGUGCAAUAGGCACGCAAUACGUGCUAAGGUAAACAAGGCAAGUAAACAAGUGAAGCGAGGCGAAUGUCUGGCAUGUAUGGCGUUCCAUUUCCGCCAAAAUUCAAUGUUUGAUUUUACAUUCUACUUUGCACAAUCUAUCCUACACUUUGUGUUUGUCAUUUGAGUUUGCACUCGCGAUUCAACUUUUUUGCAUUCAACAUUCAACUUUGAUUUACGCAAUAUUCAAGUUUUCGCUUUCGACAUUCAACUUUUCAUAAGCAACAGUCAGGUUUUGGAAUUCUACCUUCAAGUUCAGUGGAAUGUACAUUCAUUUUUUCUCAUCCAACAUUUAGCAUUUGUCCUUUAAGUUUUCGCUUCCGACAUCCGACUUUGAGCAUUGUACUUGCAAGUUUCCGCAUUCGACAUUCAACUUUUCGACUUUGACUUUUACCCGCUGGUCAGCGACCGAUUAAGAUCGUGGGCUCAAUUGACCUGACCUACCCCGCUCAAAUGGUGGUCGAGACUUCCCAGUCGAGUGGACUCGGGAGACCUUCUCCACUCCCGACAAACCAGACGUCGACAACAACAUGGCCGAUCGCCGGGAUGCGGAACCGUCAGCUGCUAGCUUAAGUGAAGUGAGAGCCACCCUGUUGAGGGUGGCUGACCGUCUGUCCUCGUUGGAAGAGACACCAUCUCCAAGUAAGUAUCGGGCAAUCUUUGUCAAGUAUGAAGAAGUUAUGUGUUCAAUAAAGUUCGCGCGGUAAGCGCCGACACAAGCUUUACAUGUACGCAUAAAUAGCGGCAGCAUCAUUUUGAUCACUUCACUUCACGCUGCGUAAUGGACGGCAUCGAUCGUAGAAUGAAAUAUUUCGAAAGGUUUUGCUUGCAAUACUUUUGUCUUUAUGUUUUACUCAUUUCUUUAUUGUGUGAGAAUUAAGGAAUGAAUUUUGAUUUGUUGCCCAGAAAUCAAGAAUCGGUCUGCAUAAACGCCACAGGCACCCCAAUCUCUGGCCUCCCAUGCAGACUACACAAGCUCUUGUGUCUGAGCAAUUCAAGUAAUGUAAGCAAUGGGUAAUACAGAAAAAGCUACAGUGCUCUUUUAACCGCAUACAUGUAUUUAUUUAAUAAUUAUGUCAGAGCUCUCUGUAGUUAAAUUUGUUUGGAUUGGCUGUUGAGAAGGUUCUGCUUGAAUAUAUUUAUUAUUAUAAUUUUUUUAUUUUUAGACAGCACCAGAAAGGUACAACAGAAUACAAAUCCUUCUCCAGUUGCUUUUCUGUCUGCUUCUGUUGCUGCUGAACAGCGCAGGCUGUUUAGCCAUGGAAACAAUGCAAAAUGAGCACGUUCUUCUGGCAGCUCUCUUCCAAAGUCCAAACGAAAUGCUACAUGUACUUUAAAGUUUGUGUGUCUAGCUGCCAAGGAAGAGGCAGACCGUCCACCAAUGUCUGUGAAAGAAAGAACGGCACUGGCAAAUGCUGGCUUGGGUGAUGCUAGUAUUACCUUUGGGUAUAACAAGAGCUCUGUGUACAAUGGAAUCAUCCAACGAUUUCCUCAGUUGAGUGAGGUUGGGGGUUUUGACCUGCUGUUGUUUCAGAGAGGUAAUGGGGAGGGUUCAGGGUUCCACAGAAUUCUUCCCCCACACACACCUCAAAGGCUGAAGGAGUUAUGUGGCCAAGCAAAAAUUUUCAUACGACCUCUCCAAAAGGACAUUGAACUUGAUGACAAAGGUGGAGAAGAUAAAGAAGAUGUAAGUUGGAUAGCAGAAAUUAACAAGCUACAAUAGUAGUGUCAGUGACUCUUUUCGCUUUAUUUCUUGUUCAAUUGGUUUUGUAUUGUAAUUAGCUGUGUUUUGGAUUAAUUAGGAGGAGAGCAUUGUUGGUAAUAUUUAUAAUAAAACAAAUUAUUUGUUGAAUUUACUGAUGAGAGUAUGUGUACAUGUAUGCUUAUUUAAGUUAAAUUUAUAACCUUGUUCUUUUAACCUGCCCAUGGGUUUGUUAUAUAUAUGUACAGUAUAUUAAAUUUAGUCUGGAAUAUACAUUAUAUCAAGCUUCAUUAUUUUCUUACUGUGAAAGUAGUGGAUUUUUUGUAAUAUCAAAGGGGAAAUGAUGUUAAAGUUUAAGAUGUAGACGCUAUAAGUUAAAAUGAAAUUCAGAUUACAGUGGUUUCAGUCUUUGUAUUUCUUUUCUUUUUUAAUUUUAUUUGUCUCAUGUUCAUAAACAUUUUUCAGAACAAAGGAAAUCCUAAAACAAACUGUAGCUGAAGAACAUUUUGACAUGAUUUACAUUGUUUAUACGCUUCAAUUAUGUGUGUAUUUUUAACUACUGCUUACAUGUAUGUUUGUUGAUUUGCCUACCCUUCUAAAUGAUUAUUUAGGUUGACAGUGAUGUUCCUAUGAUUAACUGUUUUACCUGUGGUGCUGCUAUUAUCAUGAUGGAUAUGCAGGAGCACCAGGAGACUCACCAGCAAGGAGAGACCAAGCAGCCUGAAGAUGACUUUGAAUUCAGUGCUGGUCAGUACAUUAAGCUUGCUGAGUAUCAUGAUCCAUACUCUUUGUAUCUUAUUUAUGUCAUAAAUAAUGUGCAAAUGUAACUAGGGCUUGAAAGUACAAUUCAGUGAAUACUUGAACAGCUGAAGAACUUUCUUCUUUGUGAUAUGACGUUAUGACACCUUUAAAUUACAAUCAUGUUUAACUGAGGAGAAAGCCUCUUCAAAUCUUACAUCACAAAGUUCACCUCCUUCCUGGGGGGAGGGGAGGAUACUUUAGGAAUUUCUGGGUAGGGAUGUGCUACUGGGGACCCUGGGACCCUUAGCCUAUACCAGAGCUAGUUCAGCUGAAUUUUGCUACUCUAUUCUAGACUACUAUCCUAUAGUAGUUUUGUAGGCUGAGUUUUGUAAAGUUAAACGUGCUGAUUUGAUUUUUUUAUAUAUUUUUGAGUGUCAAUUCCCAGUUUCUCUAUUGUAGACUAAAACUUUCAACCAAUUCCUGGAAAAUAAUACCCUAUUCUAGACCCAAACUCUCUGAUUGAUAUACCCUAUCCCAGAGUAAACUGCUUAAAAACCAUUACCCUUUACAGUGGCACAUACUUAUUUGUGGCAAAGAUACAUGCCAGUACCACUCCCAGGACCUCCUCCCUUAGUGGAUGUAUUUUCUGUUAUCUUAUAUUUGAAGUAGAGUGCUGUAAAUCAAAGGAACUCAAAACCCACUCAGUAACAUUAUGUUUUUUAUAGACAAUGACAGUAACUGGGAACCUCCCCCAAUGCUCCAGCCUUCUCAGUCACAGAAGCAGCAGCAGGAUGAAGGUGUGUAUUGCAAGGGGACAAGAUCCAGCAGAGUAGUAUUCAUCAUAACUUCAUAAGGCGUGUCAUAAUAAAGCUUUCCCUGUAUUGGAAGUAAAUUACAAGGAUCAUAUGGCAUGCCAUUGGUGCCAAAAUUAUGAUGCAAAUUUUUAAUAUAAAAUUUGUUUUUUCACAUUUUUUUCCCUGUUUUGGGGUACACAUUGUCUUUUAGUUUGCACAGACUUCCUUUUUGGGUUGAUUUUUCUUUAUUAGACUUGACAUUGGGUUGGUAUAGUUUUCAGUUUUGGUCAGCUUUUUAUAAUGUGUAGACUUUUCAUUCGGGUGGACUUUUCAUUGUCAUUGCAUCAAUUCAAGUCACGCAAUACUGGUGACAUCUCCUAAGGGAUCAUGGGAAAUGCAUUUCCUGUGCUGCCAGUCUGUUGUUUAUGCACUGCCAUAAAAAAAUAGCAGGGCAGACUGUGCAUACCUACCCUCCCAACCAUGGGGUAAAACAUUGACAGCCACCACAUUUUUGGGGGGAUCAUUUAAAUCAAUCUAGAAAUGGGGUGAAAUUCAACUCCCUGCAGAAAAAUGAAGAAUGAACAUCUUUCAGCUGGAACCAACAAGUAAAAACAGCCAAAGGUAUAUUAAAUAUACCUUUGGCUAUUACUAACCUUGUCUGUUAGAUGUUAAAUUAUGCAACACACAAAUUUUCAUUAUGUAACAUUACUUUACUUGUGACUGUCUCUGCAUAGCUGUUCAGUCUUCAAUAAAAUUGCCUUUAUUGAGUUAUUUUUAUUACUUUGUGAAAAGGCAAAGAAAUAAGCAUUACAUGAUAUAUUCAGUUUAUUCAGCAGCAGCCUAACUUCAAGGUCGUGAAUACUUUGAGCCACAAAAAGAGAGGGGGGGUUGUGCAUUGGCUAAUAACAAUUUACAUGUAUUAUUGUGGUUGUGACAUAACCUGCAUUUGCACUGCUAUUUAAAAUAAUGCUAGUACAUAUUAAGAUUUCGUUUGUUAUUGCAGGUGAAGUACCAUUACACAUAGAUGACAAUGGAGAAGAACCACAGCCUGGUCCAUCUAGACAAACAACAGAGGAGGAAACCUUGCAACAACUAAUGGAGAUGUUUCCGGACAAAAGUCGAGAUGACUUGGUGCGAGCCCUCAGUCUACACGGGACUGUUGGUGCUGUGGCUCUUUCUCUUUCCAGUAAUUUACCUGAAGAUGAUUUUAGCAGUGAUGAUGACAGCCUGUUACAGCCUUCUUUUCCCCCUUCAAAAGAGAAAAUAGAUUCCUUGCAGUCAUUGUUAAAGGAGCUUGGGAAGAAUAUGAGUGAAGAGAGAGUAAAAGUAAAAAUUGAGGAGGAGGAGAUACUGAACGAUGCAUUGGCCCAUUACAAAAGUCCUGAGUUUGAUGUUAAGAAGAAGCUAAGAAUCCAGUUUAAAGGCCAACCAGCAGUGGACACAGGUGGUGUUACAAGAGAAUUUUACACAAAGUUGUUCCAAGUCAUUUGCAAGAUGUUCUUUCAAGGCGGCAAAUACAAGAGUCCUGUGUACAGUGCAGAUAUUGUAGCCUCCGGACUAAUGCGAUACUUUGGCACCAUGAUUGUUCACAGUAUUUUACAAGGUGGCCCAGGCUUCCCAGUGUUGAGUCCUUCAGUAUACUGUUACAUUGCUUCUGGUAAUAUUGAUGCAGCAAUGGCCAAGAUGAAUUAUGGAGAUUGUUCAGAGCCUGUUAAGCAUUUCAUUGACAAGGUACAAACUGGACAUUUGAGUGCAUCCUAAAAUUACUGACUGAAAGGGAGCUUGUAAUCAAUUGAGUAGAAUACAGUACUUUGAUUGUGACUCGAACAUCUUUCAAUUCACCUAUGAGUAUACAAUCCUUACAAUGUCAAGUAACAUCAUAAUCAUGACCAUGGCAUUACAGUUCUGUUUGUAAAAAUUAUCUCAAAUUUGUGCCUACUUCUUACUAUUGCUUCUAAUAACAUAUGCAAAUAUGCAGUACAGAUGAAAUAUACAUGUAAUGAUGAUAUUGCCAACAAUCAGCACACAAUAGCAAUAAAAUUACUAUGUUUAUUUACAGAACAAAGUUUACAGUCAACUUAAUUGAAAACUACUCACAUCAGAUUUUAUUUUUUUAUCAAUACUAGGUUGCACAAGCUGAAGAUGUGUGUAGUCUUGACAAAGAAGAAUGCUCAAGUAUGUUGUCUGAGUGUGGCCUUGCUGUUGCAUUAACAGUAAGUUUGAAUUGACUAGCAUUGUUGCUUACUGUGAGAACGACCAUUUAACUAGAAUACACUGAAGGUGUCAUUCAUCUGUUCAGUAGUUUGCUUGGUCAGUCAGUUAGUCAGUCACACUCCUACAGUCAGUCAUUCACUCACUCAUUUGCUGACUCACGUAUUCAUUCAUUCUAGAACGACAGCAAGAUGAGGGUUAUUCAGGGGAUCAUUAUACAUGAUGUAAUUGGCCGCCCUAAGAUUAUUCUUGACCAGUUGGCGGAGGGUUUAAACACACUUGGAUUUCGAGCUGCUAUGAAAGAAUACCCUGAGUUCCUUGAGGCUCUCUUUAUCCCCAGCAAGGAAGAGUUGAAUGCAGAUUCUGUCAUUGGCGUGCUUCAGUUCCUUAAAGAUAUGGAUGACAAUGAAAGUGUAGUAGCAGGUUACAUUCACAUGUUUAUACAGAAUGCAAAGGUUGACACACUGGAAAAAUUUCUCUCUUUUGCCACGGGUUCAAAGGCUCUUCCCGAUUUUGGCCUGGGAAAAAUUCAAGUAAAGUUUGAUAGGGUACCGGCGAUCUUUGCAUCAACAUGUUUGUUUCACAUUACAUUUCCAAAUCAAUUCGAAGACCAAGAUAGCUUAAGUUUGUCACUAGAGGCAGUCAUAAAUACUACCACAGGACAGUCAUUUAACUGUGUGUAACUACAAAGUUCAGAAGUUAUUAGACUUCCUUGUUAUCAUGCAUGUUCUCUAUACUCUCAAAUUGUAUUUUGCUCUGACUACAAGUUGAGUUAAUUUUUUUGGACAUCAAUUUACAACUCCCUGUAAGUGAUGAGUUUACAUUGUUAAAGUUACAUCUUGUUGUAUACAUUGUUGACAUUUCGAGUUUCUUGUUAGUAACAAGUCAAGGCUAUUUGCUCAUUAAUAUUUUCUGCUGUUACCGUUGCUGUUGCUAAGGAGAGUUUCUAAACAUCCAUACAGAAAACCAUCAAAUCCACAAAAUGGACUUGCACACACCUACACAUGAAGGAAGAUCAAUACAUGGUUAUAUUUGCACAAACAAUUCAUGUUUUUCUUUUCAUGUCUUUUAGAAGCCUAAAAUGAUUAUUUCACAAUCCAGGGUCAAGCAUGGUUUUAAUGCAAAGCACAAUGUAAUAAAUAUUUUACCUCAUAAAUGUAUGAAAACCCCUUAGCAACAACUCCACAUUUGUCCCCCUAUAACAAUGAAGUGUUCCUUAAAAUGAAAGAUGGAUCCUUUAAUGACAACUUGUUCCAACAAAGGAUAGUCCUCAUACACUGUAAUUACGUUAAUGAUUCGAAAGGUUGAAACCAAAAGACCUAUUUGGAAGGUAUGUGUUUUUAUUUGAACAACACAGUCACUGUAGUAUUUCUGGACAAAUAAUAAUUAUCACAGUUAGUUGCAAUUUAUUGUUCCAGUUCUGAACAUGUAAGAUUACAUGUCAAAAGAUAAAAAGUAGGUUGAAAAAAUUAUUGUUAGUUUAAAUAAAUAUAUGACUUGUUUGUUUUUUGUUUGUCCUUUAGCGUUACUUGACUGACUCUUGAGGGUGUUUCUUAUUACAGUAAGUUGGUGAUUUGGUUGAAUACUUCAACCCCCUCUAAAUAUGUUAAAUUGUCUGUUACAGGUAGGAGAUGCAUUUCCUCCUCAGUGAAUGGGCAGUUUGUGUCCGGAACUUCAACAUAAUCAGGGCAUUGUUCUGGGACGGGACCUUGCCAAUCAAUCCCAUAGUUGCUAUAAUCGCCCUAAAAAAAAAAGGAUUAUUGUAAGCAAUUUGUUACAUAUGUGCUGCCAAAGCAUUAACCCCCAAUUUCUUGCAAUGCUGGCCUGAGGAUAGAGAUUGGUGAUCAUAAUUUUUACUUAUUACAUUUGACACAAGUAAUGCUGAUUAAAUGAAACCAAACAUGUUACAUACCUGGAACACUUCACCCACAGGACCAUGAAAUCCCCAUAACUCUUGCCGUCCACUAAUCAAUAACUGCAUUGGCGUUUUGUUUCUUUCUGUACGUAAGGGAUGGUGAACCCAUACAUCUUUCUAAUUACUCAGAUGUCUGUUGAUGAUAGGCAGGAACACAAAAUGUAGGCACCAGAGGUGAUAAUCAUCAUCUGCAUUUAACAAAACCUUGUUUUUCCAGGGUAUAGAAGAGUUCAUAGAAGAGGCAAAGGCAUCCAUCAUAUAAGUCUCUUCAAAGUCGUCCAAUCCUUUCAUUGUGUGUGCUCUUUCCUAGUGAUUGCAAAGAAUAAAAUUUUAUGGAUUAAAAAUUUUAUUUUAUUUCAUUAUCUGUUAAACAUUAUCUAACAAUUGGUGUCAAAUACUCCCCCCCCCCUAAAAAAAAAAAAAAAAAAAAAAGAAAAGGAGAAAAGAAAGAAUUGUUUAAUAGUCUCUUGAUUCCUUCGGGCUUAAUAGUUUCUUCAAUUACCAUCAUACUUAAAACAAGUCACAACCGGAUUUGGGAGCAUGGCAAUCACCAUGCUCAUUCUUAACAACACACACAAGCAUUCAUGAAAACAGUUCCCCUUAAACUAAUUUAAUGAAACUUGUGAGUUAUUAAUAGUAAUAUAAUACUAUUCAUACAGCAUCAUUUCUCCUUGCCUAGAAAUCCUCAAGAUUAGUUCAUGAUCCCAUAAGUACCUAUUUCAUUAUAUAAAAUGUAGCAUCCUUUGUUAAAACCUAUUCAGGAUCUUAAAGUAUAGCCUGAAUUCAAGAUCCCAUCUAUUACAAACCCAGGAAAGGUCAUCUAGCUAAGGAAAGAUAGAUUACAAGUAGUCCCCAUUUUUCUUAACGGAUAGUAGAUUGAGUGAAACCGUGCAUCAUAAAAAUCAUCCCACGCGAGAAAGGAGAGACGCGGCGGGAGAUGCGCUCUACUAUCCCUGAGGAAAAAUGGGGACUGCUCAUAGUCUAAUCUAAGUAAUAAUGAUGCAGUACUCUGUACCUGUUAUCAUACUUCCCUGCCUGGCCCUCGCUGGAUGUGAGUAAGCAUAUAGGUUGCUACAUCUACGUUCUCCCCUCCUUUGUCAGAGCGGACCCGAGAUGGAAGGCCGUACUCUGACACAGCUUCACGAAAACAUGAAAGAACAGUGCUUGCCUUGUUGUCAUUUGAGGCCUUCAAAUAGACUGGGAUUCGAGAAAAGCCAUCGAUUCCUCCAUGUAUAACAAUUCUCCAUCUGUUAAAAAAACCCCUUAAUUUACAUAUAAGAGUGACAAACAAAAAAUAAAAGCUCCUGUUAGGGCAACCUUAUCAUGUUUGGUGUUACCUGCAAGGGUUAAAAAGAUGGGGACAGGGAAACAGUUAUCAAUCAUGAUCAAUGUCUUCAACUGUAGCUAAAACACAGUUUAAAAAGUCUUGCAUUAGCUGGUGUUGUGGCCACAGUUUAGUGUUUUCUUUUUGGUUCAUUCAAGGUGUGUAUGUUUACAGGAGGUAUCCAGUCGCAGAAUUUUGAUUGUGUUUAACUUGGACCCACGCACAAGAUCACGAGGGGAAACUAUGACAAUGUACACUGUACAACAGGUAUCUUUAUCAGUACCUUAUCAGCUUAUGGUUCCCAUCUAUGUGCCAUAGUGAGAGUGGAUACCUAACAUUGUAAUGUCGCCUCCUAGUGGUACUUCUCCAUCUCUCCAUAAUACCAAUGGGAUCUGUUCGCAACAGGGAUAAUCUUAUUCUUUCUCGCUGAAUGCGAAACCCUUUGCUUUGUAAAUAACCUUUGAGCAUUCUUAUACCCAUUCCAGGAUAAUGGCUUGAAGCAGUUUGAACGAGCUCAUCCAGUUGGUUGUCUUCUAUAUCACUGAACAUACCUGAACCAAAGAAUAUAAUGGGGUAAAAAAUUUUCAUUGUAGGUGUUGGGUAAUGAAUAGUAAUAAUGAUGAUGGUGAUGAUGAUGAUGAUAAUAAUAAUAAUAAUAACAAUAAUAAUAAUAACUUUAUUUUAGUAUGAUUUUGUCAUAAAUCUCAAGCUAGGUAGAAUGGUGAACAAAAUUUUAGUUCAAACACUUCUGUGUGUUUUACUAAUACUGGGCAUCCAGAUAUGUAAAACUGCCAUAAUAAUUUAAUAACAUUCUUCAGGCCUGAGGCUACACUUGACAUUGUAACUUUUUCUCAGUCAAGCUACCCCUGAAGUGUGAAAGGUCAACAACAAUAAAGAUAAUGAUGGUAUAAGGAAAAAUCUAUCAUUUAUGGGAGUGGAUCCCUAGGUAAAAGUAAGUGGAAGUCAACAUUUUAAUUUGCAAAAUCUUAAUCACCACUGCUUGGUGCAACAACUAUCAACAUUACUUUUUUAUAGCCUUAAUCCUGUACUAAAUAUUAUCACUUUGUUAUAAAAAUUGUCCUUGUAGUAGUUUAUCAUCUCAUUAGACAAAAAUAAAAGAUUCAUGUUACUUUAUACCUGAUACACUCAACCCAAAUGUUGACAUCCUCCUCUCAACUGUCCUGGCACUCACUCCAAGGAUUUUACUUAUGUCACAUACUUUAAACCCUUGCUCAAGUAAAAAAUGAAGCUGUUCCUCGCUGAUUUCAUAUGAAGGUCUCCCUCGUUGCCCUCUACUAUUCAAUGGAGCUUGAUAUGCAUAGUUAAGAAGGUUUCUUUGAUCAAUUUCAACCAACAUCCUGUAAGCAUGUCCAAUCAAUUCUGUGACUAGUUCAUCCACAUCGAGGCCGACAGCUAUUCUUUGCAGAAAAUCCAACUUGAAAACUAUUGGUUGGAAAUCUACUGAUGGAUCUGCAGACCCUGUAAAUCUGUCUAUAGCACUGAUGAUAUCCAAGACAGCUAAAUUUAAAUAGGCUUUGUCAUCAGACAUCUGCGGGAUCAAAUAUUUGAGUAAUCUCAAGAUGAAACAAAUUGAUCAAUUAACAGCGCUUAUCGCAUGAGAAUACAAUUUCUGGGGGAAUAUUUAAGCUACUUCUACAUGAGAAAUUUCUGCAAUUUGAUUGGCUUAGAGCAGUGGUAUUUCAGCUUAAGCUUAAUUUGAAAUACUUACAUAUGAAAAUUACAAAACCUUUGCAGGUAGUAGUAUAAACAAAUAAUAGCAUGAUGUGUACGUGAUUUUUGGUAUAAAUACUACUUGUGACAUUUCAAAAUUGUCUUAAAUUUCACUCGUGAAAUUUCAAAUAUCACUCGUGGUAUUUAUGCUAAAUAUCACUACAAAACAUGCUUUACCUUUUUAAAUUAAGCUGAAGAGAUGCAAACAGGUAGCGCGUUGCCUCCCUGUUUGUGUCACGUAUAGUGUCCCACUAAAGAAGGCAGAAGUCAGUUGGACAACACUCACCUCCCUCGAAGACUGUGCAGCAUACUGGCGAUCGGCCAUGUUGUUGUCGACGUCUGGUUUGUCGGGAGUGGAGAAGGUCUCCCGAGUCCACUCGACUGGGAAGUCUCUCGACCACCAUUUGAGCGGGGGUAGGUCAGGUCAAUUGAGCCCACGAUCUUAAUCGGUCGCUGACCAGCGGGUAAAAGUCAAAGUCGAAAAGUUGAAUGUCGAAUGCGGAAACUUGCAAGUACAAUGCUCAAAGUCGGAUGUCGGAAGCGAAAACUUAAAGGACAAAUGCUAAAUGUUGGAUGAGAAAAAAUGAAUGUACAUUCCACUGAACUUGAAGGUAGAAUUCCAAAACCUGACUGUUGCUUAUGAAAAGUUGAAUGUCGAAAGCGAAAACUUGAAUGUUGCAUAAAUCAAAGUUGAAUGUUGAAUGCAAAAAAGUUGAAUCGCGAGUGCAAACUCAAAUGACAAACACAAAGUGUAGGAUAGAUUGUGCAAAGUAGAAUGUAAAAUGGAACAUUGAAUUUUGGCGGAAAUGGAACGCCAUAGGCAUGCGAACGUCUUGUACAGGGUAAGAGGCAUGUGGAAAUAAAGCUCUGCUAGCACACGGCACUUUAUCGCACUUUUAUCGCAUUUUUAAAGUUAAUCUGAAUCUUUAGUAUUUUUACCUCAUCGAACUGUGGAAGUCUGAAGUCCAGGGAUGAAAUCUCUCAAAAAACGUCGGGUUUUGGUCGCAAUAAGAUCACAAGCAACGAACAUUGAAACACAGAAACUCACAAAACGGAUCGAAAUCCACCAAUCACAAAUCACAAACAACGUUUCCUAAGAGGUCCGCUAAGAUGAUUGGCGUCUGACGUUUUUUUUGACGAGAGGAUCGAAAUGCACCAAUCAUAGAAAGACAGUUUUAAUUGCAUGUUUCCUAAGAGGUCAUCUGAAUUUGCUGUUUUCUUUUUUUUAUGUCCAUUUUCUUUUCCUUAUUUUGUGAUUGGUCGAUUUUGUUAGGUCGAGUAAAUAAUCCAAUGAGCAACGAUUUGGAUAUCGUUCGAUCCGAAAUUUUUCGAAGCAGCAUUAAGAAGCAGUUUGGAUAACAUUUGGCCGCGGCGUUUCGAGGAACGUGUUAAUAUAUUGUUCAAUUAUGUUAUCCCGGGUUAAACUUACAAAUGCACACACUGUUCGCUGUAGGCCCACACUGAAAAAUAACACUGAGUGUUUUCGGAAUGGGCUGGUCCGCGAACUCAAAGAAAAACAAAGGAAAUUAUCAAGACAUUCAGUGACAUCAAAGACUCAUGGACCCCAUAGCCGCAAUGACAAAUCGGAAUAUCAGGAGUGUACGUGUAAAAUGGAUAAGAGUUUGAACAGAGGAAUGUUUAACAAGUUUGAGAGUCGCAAGAUUUGUGUAGCUGGUUAUCAGUGUGACAAUAGUGAUUUUGAUUUUUGCCUUGCGGAACAUAACGAGUUGCCUGUGAUAAACAUCUGUUCCGAUGAAGGAAGAGACGAUUGUCAGCAUUUGAAACCAAAAGGGACUGAGGCUUCUUUUGGAACUACUGUGAUAACUGUAACAAUUCUUUUUAUUAUUUCAAUUUUGUUUAGCAGGGUGACAGUUAAUGUGCUUGUUUUUGUAUUGCUUGUUGUGUUUUUUUCAUCUAAUUGUGUAUAUUGUGACGCGGUACAUGUACGAUGCUGUGCUUCGGGAUUUUGCAUUAUCAGCAAGUUUUGUGUUAGAGUGUUUUGAUGGCAGCCAGGUGACGACAAGAGAAGGUAAUGAGCUAUUUGUAAAGAAGGAAAAUUGCGUUGUGGAGGAAAUAAAACAAAUUGAAUUGAGAUCUCGGCGUGGGAAAUUUAUUUAUAACAGAACUUGCAAUUCCGUUGGUUUAAAUGAGGUUAGUCAUUUUUCUCGACGCGAUCGUGCACCAAGCAGACUACCGAUAAAGAAAUUAAAAUCUUUGUUACAGAAAACACAGAAGGUGAGGCUUUUUGUAUGAAGGGGUAUUCGGAAAAAUACACCAUUGUCGUCUGAAAUUCAUUGUUACAGGUCUACACUUAAAUAGGUACAGAAGUAACUGUAACAGUGUGAGGUUUUUACUUAAAGGGCAACUCCAAAACUAGUUCGUAAACGAGGGAAGGUGUAUCUGUCAUCUAAGCAUCAAAGCACAGGCGAUUUAGGUGGAAUGAGAUAUCCAAAUAGGCUUUUAAGUAAGAAUUUGCCCAUCUGUACAUGCAAUUAUCCAUUUUAUACUGCUUACAACAGUUUGAAUCACCGGGUUAAUUUUGGCCAAUUUAAGCUUUGUACUGAUUUCGAGAAGAAUGCAGGACCUUCAGUUUAUGUAGAUGCUACAAAAACAAUUCAUGCUCCAUACUGUCAAGGAAACAACAAUGUGUCGCAAUGAGUCUGUGCGCUUUUAUUUACAGUAAGAUAACAAAGAUUACUUCAGUUCAUGAUAUGACUCAAAUAAUGAUUGUUGGUAUUCAAUUAUGUUCUAGUCUGUCACUGCUUGAAAGACAAUCUAUGUUAAUGUUAACAGAAUUACCAGGAAUGGUUACAGUGUUUGAGCAAUUUUUCCACCUUAAAUACAGUGACAGUUAUACUUGUAACAUCCAGGUGAUCCCAGAAUUGAGGGGUAUCACUACUGUAUAUGUCACUCACAGGGUUCAGCAUUUAAAACACUCUUGGCACUGAACUACAACUCAUUUAAUUUAACGGUGGCAGUUAUUGGUGUUGGUAUCUACAGCAUUGAGGCUGGGGUAUAUAAAGUAUUUGAUUCUCAUGCUAGAGAUAUGUAUCAUAACAGUCAUAGUGAAGGGACGUGUAUUGUUGGAAAUACCAUCCAUGCAUAAAUAAUAUUAGUACAAUAUUUCAGACUCUAAAUAAGAAUGAGCAUAUAUAUAUAUAUAUAUAUGUGAACUUAAAGGUGUACAUAUUGCCACCUUUGAAGCUCAUCUUUUCUCAAGCAUUGUUCCUGUAAACAGUGCUGCCCUAUAGCAGUUUAUGUAAUGUGUUACUCUCCUAUUAAUCCUCGUGGAUACUGGUCUUAAGGAACUUUAUUUGCCCUUGUUAGUAACUGGAAUAUACUGUACAAUGUGAUGGGUGUGAAAACACAUCUGUCAGUCAAUCUUCCUCAAAGUGACAGUAUCAGUGGAGCUGAGAUAAACCUUACUCUCCGGGCUGUAACCACUUAUGUCCUAUGUUGCAAUUUGGCUCCAAGCAUGUCAGCAUUGAAGAUGUGCAUACCGUAUUUUCAAACAUUGUCAUGAAAUGACAGGAUUAUUGUUGUGGAUUGGGACAUACUGUAUAAGCUGUGUGGUUCAGCAAACAAGUAGAGUAAAGGAUUUAUCUUCUCUGGUAAGAUAUGAUGACAGUUGUGCAUGUUCAAAGUAUCAUACGCGUAUUACAUCCACGCCCAAAUAUACGCUCCCACAGCGUCUUGUUUCGAAUGGUUACAACAUUGUUCCAACAUACCAACGCUGUGUUGCGCUAAAAAUCGUGGUUGUGAAUCGUCCUGUGUAACAUCGCCUUUACACCUUUUAAAUAUGAAAAAGUUGAUAAACCAGAAAGUUUUCUAGUCUUUUUCACAGCGUCUGUUAGCCCUUUUGGGUCCUUUCACAGGCCACAAUGAGAGAUUUCCCUACCCUUUCAUAUACCUGAAGCUUGAAAAAGGUACCCUUUCGGGCGGAGCCUCCCCGUAUAGGCCAUUUUAGGGAGUAACCCCUGUGGCCCCUUCAGAUAUGCCCCUUCCUCCCCCUGCUUCGCUUCCAACUUUUCUUUUACUACAACAUUCACCUGUACCAGGAAAAAAAUACAAACGGACGUAGCCGGUGUUCGGCCGCCCCCUCCCCUCUGAUAAACAGGGGGAGGUGGGGCGGUACACAGGGUAAGACGAACGUAUACAGGGUGUCCCAAAAGUUCGUUCCUCUAAUUUCAUGCGCUAUAACUUUUGAUCAAAGCUUUAUUCUUGCAUGAAAUUUCUAAACGAUGUUUAUUGCUUUAUCGAGUACAUGUAUUCAGAAUUCCAGUAACCAGCAUUCCGCCUUUGUUUUUUUAUCACAUUCUGUAGGCGUUGCGGCUUGGAGUCGGAUACAGCAUGUAGAGCCACAAAAUCUAUUUUGAGCCUUUUUAUCACCUGGUACGCGGGAGCCACUUCUCCACUUCGACCCCCCCCCCAAACAACAUUUUUUUCAGUUUAGGCAGCUGAAAAAAAUAUACUUUAAGCAUUCAUCCAAAAAAAGAUAAUCAUCCCAGCCUCUAUCCAGAGUAACGCUUUUGUUCAUCUUUACAAAUUUGAGACGAGCUGAUUGUGUUUGGCAGACUAAGCAGAGGUUUUGUUGUCAUUUCUGGGGCUUCUAACCUUCGCUUUUCAUGAAACUGCUCUAAACUUGGCUUGCUAACUAUCGUGAGAGCUAUCUCGCUGAGAAGACUCUUUUAUAUCUAACCUUCUUCAAAACUAUUUUAGCCGUUUUAUUCAGGACUAUCAGUCUUCCCCUUCUUUUUUUGUCUUCAAAACCCUCAUUUCUCGAUGACCAUUUCACCAAACCAACAUUCGGAUUUUUCCGGUUUUUUAGCAGUUAUUUCUACUGAUAAGCCGGUAAAUCGAAGUAAACAUGCUUAUGCUCUCAUGUAGCUGAACGUUUUUGCGUUUAUGGGGUUUUUUCUUUCAUGAUAUUCACAAAACACAAGGAAGGAGUUUGAGCAAAUUGGGCUACAGAAUACGAAAAAUAUGUGGCGGGAAAAUGUACUCGCGCACGCGCACCUUUGGCGCGAAGUACUCAAAUCGAAUAUUAGAGUCACAAGAUGGCACACCAAGUAUAAAAUAUUAAAUUAUAUAAUGAAACGCAAGGUUUGUUUAAGCGAUUUGCUUACGAUGUCCAAUCGGACUACAUUACAGUCUUAGAAAGUAGAGGAACGAACUUUUGGGACACCCUGUAAGCGAGGCUUUAUAGCCCUUGUCCUUGCUGAGCACGAGCUGUGAACUACAAACUGCCGAAAGACACGCGUUUUAUUGACAAAAAUAAUGACCACUUUCCAGUUUUACCCAUUCUUACCUCUAUCUGGCUUUACUGUAUUCCUCAUUGUUCGUCUUCAGUCUGAAACGGUUAUUUUGUUAUUUCAGCCAACUUUGUGAUUUUUUUGUAGUUGCCUAAAUUGCCAAAAAAUGGAACCACCACGCCCCUUUAACACUCGAAAAGCCAGCUCUUGAAUUUGCUGUUCAGUUAACCUUUUCAACUUGCUCUUUGAAACAAAUUUUCGCUUACUGGAGAGUUCCCUCUUCUUUGUUUUCAUUUCAGUUUUAUUGAAGUAUCGGUGACAGGCCUUCAAUCGAGGGAAAACACUGUCAUCAAAAAAUCGGCUGUCCGAGCUGUAUUCGAGUAAGUGUGUACAGUAAGUGGUAGGUCUGUGCUUUUAGACAAAAACGUCUUUACGUCAUAGUAGAUUAUGGUAAACUUAAAUUUCCUGGCUCGCAUCUAACUAGCUUCCGAUUGGUUAAAACACAAUCAACUACUGUCAGAACUCACACAUGCCAAGUAUCGUGAUCCUGUUCCUUUAAUAUGAUGAUGACGAUGACGAUGAUGAUGAUGAUCGUGGUGGUGAUGAUGAUGAUGACAGGGACCUUAAGCAACGAGGACGACGACGACGGCAGUGAAAACGUCGCUAAAGAAAUGAAUUUGCCUUCUUUCAAACUUAAUCGCGUCUGUCUGGACCCGCUCAAUAUGUCAAAUGCAGGCGACGUUUCCUGGAGUUGAAUUCUUAAGGAUUUUAUUCAAGUUCAAAGAGUGGAAGGAAAAUUCGUCGUCGUAUGACCACGUCCUCCGUAAAACGUCAAAUUAGGAGGUUUCACGUCGUAGUCGUGCAGUGGACGUCAAAGAAGUGUACUAAAAGGCGUGAUGCACGUGCAGAGCUGUUGUUUUGAUCAUGAAACCUGUUGUUUUUUGAAGUUGUCGUCGUCGUCGUAGUUGCUUAAGCUCCCUGAUGACGACGACGAUGAUGAUGGUGAUGGUGACGACGACGACAAGAGUUAACCGAGUAAAAAUUACUGAAAACUGGGAUUAGAGAAGUGAAAUGAAAGUACAGUGUAUGAGCUAGCGGGGAGUUUUGUUUUAUUCGAGUUCGAGUUACCGGGGUUGUAUUGUAUGUUUGCUUCUUGAUUGCAGAUUUUGUGCACAUCUUAAGGCCUCAGAAAACACUCAGAUUUUUGCUCCAUUUCUGCUCGAGAUCAGGGAUGGUUUAUUCGCCAUGGCAGCACUGUCAACUGAUGACGUUCGCGCUUCGGUUUCAGAAGCUCUUGGAAAUGUUUUGUGGGUGAGUGUUGUUCUUUGUUUGUCAAGGAACGAAAGAAGCGGGAAACGGAUAGUCUGGGUUAUUCGGGAUGUCUAGCAGGCGCGGAUUCACACCGGUAGCCACCGCCUUACGGAAAUCGGUCAGAGUUUUCGUAGUAAAUAUCUGUCUGAUUUCGUUCAAACGUGUCCACUAGGUUUUCGCCUGGCGCCUGACGCUGGGCGCAGCCCGUCCGGUGUCCAAAAAAGUAGGGGGCUUGCCGUCUUGGUCGGUACAGCUGGGUAGCCCAGGAACUGCCCUAACAGUGGGUGGGUGGAUCAGGCCCUGGGGUCAAAACUAGUGGGGUAGGGAGGGGGCUGUUUUGACACAACCCCUUCAGUAGGCUGCGGUGUUCACUAGAGGCUUUGACUGGCAAGUAGCUUGUUCUUAAUUUGCCCUAGCCAGCUGAAUCAGGCCUCUGCCGAGAAUGAUUAUCAUGAUAAUUGCAGAGCUCAGUGGGAGGUGCAGUCUCUCAGUGGAGAGGGUGAAAUUGAGAUUGUGUGUAGACACUUUCCCCUCAAAUCGAACAUUUUUUAAUGCUUGUCUUGGCACAGGGUUGAUGGAUUUUGCCGGGAAUGCGAUCGCCCCUUACUGAGGUAUUAAAAACUUUCAAAGCCGUUGGCGUUUGCUGCAAAUUGUGGAGACUUGGCGCGAGUGCCUUUUUCUGACAUAACGCUUUCACAGGGCAGACGUAGGGUUGGUUAUACUUUCGAAAUUAUACUCUGGGAAACUUUCUCAUUUGAUAGUUAUUUUGCUGGUUAAUUUUAAAGUGUGUAAAAGUAUAAAAUUGACUACGGUUACACAAGAAGAAAUAACAAAAGUAGUUGAUUGAUUUUUUUAAAAAUCCAUCAGGGUCAGGCUAUCAGUCAAGCACUCUGAGGUUUGGUCAUUAUUCAGCCACCAG